CAUCAAUUUAUCGAGAUGAAGAUACGAGAGAAGAUCCGAACCAAGGGCAAGAUGGCAGAGAACGUGAGGUCAGAGGACGUUCUUGGUCAGAAAUGGGACCGUUGUGUUUCUGAUACGGUGAUCAAAUUUGCAAGCGGCCUCGGGCUUGGUAUUGUGUUUUCGGUUGUCUUUUUUAGACGACGGCCAUGGCCUGUAGCUUUUGGGGCUGGAGUUGGAAUAGGGAUGGGCUAUGCCAACUGCCAGCAUGAUUUCCAGAGCCCAUAUGUGCAACAUGGACAAAAGAUAAAGGUGGCAGAAGGCGAGAAAUGCAAGAAAUAAAAGAUAGAAUUUUUUUUUUUAGGCCUGGAUUGAAUUGUGAUAGUUAGGAUAUAUCAACACACUUAGCUAAAGAUUUUGUAAAAUAAGCAUGCUUUAAAGAUGAGAAAAUGUAACAAAUGUGUUAACUGAGAAAAGGCUCUUUUAGAGCCUCUUUUGCAAACAUAAGGCCACUGCCACAGUUUGGAGUUAAGAUAUAUCAACACAUUUAGCUAAAGAUUUUGGAAAAUAAGCGUGAUUUAAAGAUGAGAAAAUGUAACAAAUGUGUGACCAAAGAAAAGGCUCUUUUAGAGCCUCUUUUGCAAACAUAGGUCACUGCCACAGUUUGGAUAUUCCAGCCUUCUUCGAGGUUUAUAUUUGUCUGCUUUGUAAGAGUUUAUGAUUGGGGUGUGGAAAGGUGAAUGAGAACAGCAUAUUUUGAAGAGUGUGUGGAUGAAGUGAAUAUGUGCUAAACAAUACUUUAUUUUGAAACAUUUUGAUGUGCUUGAUUUCUUUUAAUAAAGGCUGUCAGUGGUAUCUUGGAAAA